UCAUUUUAUUUUAUUCAAGUAAUGCUUAAGUAGCUGGAGGUGGGGUUUAUUUGGUCAUUUACACGAUCUGUUAAAUGCUAAGAUGGUGGAGCUAGGGGAACUAAUAAGUACUGAGACAAGUAACCGUCGCUUAUUUUCAAUAGACUCCAUUUUGUAUCGUGGAAUUUAUCAAACAAAAAAGUCAAACCUGGAAAAACAAAUUUAUAUUCCAAAAGAUGAAUUCAAUGAUCGCAUUUCUGAUUCAAAACAUUUUACAACAUUGCACCAAACUCAGGAAAAACCAAACGGCGUGUGCAAUGACCCAAUAGAAAACAAAAUAAACUGCACAUGCUCUAUAUGUAACAACUCCAACGUUAUUGAAAAAAAAAAUUUUUUGAAUCGGGAAAAAAGAUUUUAUUACGACUACAAUCCAAUCAAAAACGAUACAAAUUGGUAUGGAUGCAAAAGAUCUGCGCAUUGCAAUAAAAGAAGACGAACUAUUUUUACCAUUUACCAACUAGAGCGUCUCGAAUGCGAGUUCCAACAGCAACAGUAUCUAGUUGGACAUGAAAGACGAUAUUUAGCAAAAGAUCUGGGCUUAAAUGAAGUCCAAGUUAAAGUGUGGUUUCAAAAUAGAAGAAUUAAAUGGCGAAAAUCGAGCUUACAUCACAAUAUAGAUAUGCAAAUAUUACCAAUGGAAAACUCAAUGUGACAGAUCUUUAUAAAAAAAAAAAAUUUUUUAACUAAUCGACUAAAGAAAGAAAUUAAUUGUACAUAUUUGUAUAUAUAGAGAGAGCUGUAAAUAUGUUAAAAUAUGCUAAAAUGAUAAUUUUAUUUAAAAUGUUUUAUGUAAAAAUAAAGUUUAAUUUGUUUUUAUUUUUACUCAUUUAAACAAUAUUGUUAUCAUACGUAAACAAAGGUAAACAAAUUUUCAUUAAUUUUUAUUUUCUGUGGUUGAUAACUAAUUUUUUUAUUUACAAUUUUAAAAGUAUACUAUAUGAAUUAAUUAUAAGAGCUUUAUAACUUCAAAUAAAUAAAAAAAAAUCCAUUUUAACAAUAACCAUUUCAAUGGUAUAAAGCCUCAAACAAUAACGUUGGUUGCAAAAAAGUGAUUGUACUCGUCCAACAAUAGGAUUGAUCAUUUUUUAUCGAGGAUAUAACGUUAGUCACUAACAUUUUUCUGUUCAUUUUAUUUACAUUUUGUUUCUACGUAUCCGCUCCCACACAUCCUACUAUCACGCUUUUUAUUUCCACAAUAGUAUUAGUAAUACUUCUUGUAAAAUAAAAUUUUUCUAAGGACUUAUGUAAUACUUAUACAAACAUUAUUUUAUGAUUACAUUUAUAUUGAUUAAAAUUUUUGUGGCUUUUUGCAA